AUGGCCUCCUUCCACGCCGCCUCGCCGCGUUUGGCUAUCAUGGCGUCGCCAGCUCGUCCUGCCAUAACCGUUACAACGUUACCACCCCGUGUUGUUUACCUCACAUCCGCUGCAGUCACACCCGUCCGGAACGUCACACGCCACGAGCCGCAUCGCUGCGUUCUUAGCACACCACUGACAGCCCAGAGCCGUCCGAUCCAGCUAGAUCUCUUCCCGCGCUCACAUCCAACCGUUACCAGGCCCCAAGCCGCUGCUAGGCGCUGCAUUGGUGUGCCAGCGGGAAGAAGAGCCAGAGCCGUCAGCAGUCUUCCGCGCGCUGCUCUGGAGGAUGGGGAAACUGAAACCGCUGCUGGCGCCGAUGCAAAUGGAAAGCCCAAGGAUGGGAGUGUGCAGCAGCCUGACCCGGCUCCUCCCCAGGCCACACGUGGGGGGACUAAGACCGUCGCGGAGGAGGCGAGGGGAUACCUGGAGAAAGCAGAGGAGGAUUUCCUGCAGGUUUGCCUUUUUUGGGCGCCUCAAACCUCUCCUUAUAUCUUGCAUAAGACCAAGCCAUCUUGUUCGUCCCUCUUUCCUCCGCACAUGCACUAUUCCUCAUUGCCCCCUUUUCCGCCCGCUAGUUUCCAAGCGUCUGGAUACUCGGCACGCAGCACCCUUUCCCGUCUCUCUAUCUCUCCCUCCCCCCAUCAGUUCACACACCACUCGGGGCGAGCGCUCAUCCUCUUCCGCACCACCUCGCCACCUCACUCAGCACUGCACCCCCUGUGUUGCCCUCUAGGCACUACUUUUGAUGCGCAAUUCUCAGCACCACCUUCCUCCCUUCCUCUUCCCCCACUCUUCCCCCCUUCUUCCCCGCUCUCUCCCCCCAUCAGUUCACGCAGCACCUGGGGCGAGCGCUCAUCCUCACCACCAUCCCUGGGGUCGCGCUGGAAACUCUUCGUGAGCUCUCAGGCUCCAGGGUGCAAGGGAGGGGGUGGAGGAGGCGCUGAGAGCGCUGCAGCAGGACACGUGGCACAUCACAGGGCGCUCUCCGCUGGCUGUGCUGGUGAAGACCAGGUCCAAUCAAGCAGAGUCAACCCAGUCAACGCAGUCAACGCAGUCAACCAGAACCAGGAUACACUUAACCGUCAGCAGAAGGACUAUCGGCAGCUGUCCGGGCGGCAGAGAGUGGUUGGGAUUGCCUGUGAUGUGCGGUCGGCAAGGGACGUCCAGAUGCUUGCUGACGUGGCACGGCAGGAGCUGGGGCGAGCUGACAUCUGGGUGAACAACGCAGGCACCAACCCCAUGGCGAAGCCCUUCAUUGACUUCGAAGACCACGAGUUGGAACAGGUGGUCUCCACCAACCUGCUGGGUUCUCUCCUCUGCACGCGGGCAGCAAUGCGCCUCAUGCAGCAGCAACCCUCCCUACCAGACCAAACAGCCGGCCAUGUGUUCAAUUUGGAAGGGGCAGGGUCGUGGGGAGGCGCAACCCCUCAGUAUGCUGCGUAUGGCGCAACCAAGUGUGCGCUCAGGCAGCUAGGGGCGUCACUGGUGGAAGAGGAGAGAGUGGAGGGGCGAGUGGGUAUCCACGCAGCAUCCCCAGGGCUGGUGCUGACGGAUCUGCUGCUGAGUGGAGCGACGGUGGCCAACAAGCAAGCAUUCAACAUCGUGGGGGAACACCCCGAGACCGUCGCGCGUGUGCUCGUCCCCCAGAUGCGCACUGUAAAGGGUACGGGGUCCACAGUGAGCUACCUCACACCGCCCCGCAUAGUACUGGCCAUCCUGUCUGCCUGGAUGCGCCGAGGCCGCUGGUUUGAUCUUCAGGGCCAGGCUGUGUAUGCCACGGAGGCGCAGAGGCUGCGGGCGUGGGCGGAAGGCAGAGAAAGAUCGACCAUCGGGGCAGCGAUGGAUGCCGUCCCCAGCACAGCUUGGCUCUCCCUUGCGUCUUCCUCACUUGGCGUGUGCCUCAUUGUGGCGUCCAUGUUCCUGCAGAACUCAGGGACUUAG